UAGUUUCCUUGUGUCAGCCCCUCAGUCAGUGCAAAACACAGGGUAGAGAUGGCCCCUCCAGCCCAGCCUCAAAAUCUCCGCUGGGGGAGGACCAAAGGCAUCAGGAAAGUGGAUAGUCCAGGGCUCCCUCUAUUGGGCAGCCUCACAGAGCUGCAGGAUUUGAGAGAGAUUAACAGCUGGACUCAGGCCGCAGUGCUCAGGCCAAUGCAACGUCACCAGGCAGAGAGAUGAGUUCCCAGUGGGGCUUUGGGGGGGCUCCUGAGCGGGGCAUUCUUUCCUGAAGCCUCAUCAGGCUCAGCCCCUCCUCCUCCUCCUCCUCCUCCUCCCCUUCCCCUCCUCCAGGGCCUGGAAUUGGGUUUGGGGCGGGUUCUGCUUCCAAAGCCAUCUCCUCCUGCAGGCGACGGCUCGUCCUCCACCCCAGCUCCCUCUCAUUUUCUGAGACUCUGGGCAGUGCUUGGACUGGCCUGCUGCCCUGGUGGGUCAGCCGCUGGGAGUCCCAGGAGGAGCCCUCUACAGGGAAGGCCUCCUCGGACCAGGACAGCUGCAGAUCUCUCUGUACAGGAGUGAAAUCUUUUCAGAUUGUCUCGGCCGGACAAGGACCAGGAUAGAGACACACAGAUCAAACUGAUCAAAAAGGUGGGCUUGCAGGCUGGUGAGCCGUGAGCAGGGAUCUGGACUCACCAGGCCUGAAGAUGGCUGGAAACUGCUCCUGGGAAGCCCAUCCCACCGACAGGAACAAGAUGUGUCCGGGCGGGGGCGAGGCCUCAGAACUCUACAGUCGAGGCUUCCUGACCAUUGAGCAGAUCGUGGCUCCGCCGCCCCCCGCCAUCAUGGACUACAUUUUCCUGCUGCUUUGCCUGUGCGGCCUGGUGGGCAAUGGGCUGGUCCUCUGGUUCUUUGGCUUCUCCAUCAAGAGGACCCCUUUUUCCAUCUAUUUCCUGCACCUGGCCAGCGCUGACGGCACCUACCUUUUCAGCAAGGCCGUGUUCUCCCUGCUGAACACGGGGGGCUUCCUGGGCCCCUUUGCCAACUACCUCCGCAGCGUAUGCCGGAUCCUGGGGCUCUGCACAUUUGUCACCAGUGUGAGCCUACUGCCUGCCAUCAGCACAGAGCGCUGCGUGUCCAUCAUCUUUCCCUCCUGGUACUGGCGCCAGCGGCCCAAGCGCCUGUCGGCUGUGGUGUGCACCCUGCUCUGGCUCCUGUCCCUCCUGGUCACCGGCAUUCACAACUACUUCUGCGUAUUCCUGGGCCGUGAGGCCUCUGGGGCGACCUGCAGGCACAUGGACAUCUCGCUGGGCAUCCUGCUCUUCCUCCUCUUCUGCCCACUCAUGGUGCUGCCCUGCCUGGCCCUCAUCCUGCACGUGGAGUGUCGUGCGCGGCAGCGCCAGCGAUCUGCCAAGCUCAACCAUGUCAUCCUGGCCAUGGUCUCUGUCUUCCUCGUGUCCUCUAUCUACUUGGGGAUUGAUUGGUUUCUCUUCUGGGUCUUCCAGAUCCCGGCCCCCUUCCCUGAGUAUGUCACCGACCUCUGCAUCUGCAUCAACAGCUGUGCCAAGCCCAUUGUCUACUUCCUGACUGGGAGGGACAAGUCACAGCGGCUGUGGGAACCGCUCAGGGUGGUCUUCCAGCGGGCCCUGCGGGACGGCGCCGAGCUUGGGGAGGCCUCGGGCAGCACGCCCAACACGGUCACCAUGGAAAUGCAGUGCCCCUCUGGGAACACCUCCUGAGCGGCCUGCGCCUGGGGCAGUACAGAGAAGGAGUGGCCAGUGACCUUCAGAGAUGCUCUGCCGCAGGACUAAAUCAGGGCAGCGGCCUCCAUGCCCAGGUGGAGGGAAAAGGUCUGUCUCCACCCCUCGUGCCUCCUUCUCCCUGAGCUGCGGGCUCCAGCAGUGACUGAGAGGCUGAGCAGCCACCUGCAAAGAGAACUAGUGGCCCUGUGCCCUCCAGCCACUCUGCUUCGGUGACCCAUGGUACCAGUGUUGCCCCCCUCGAGGUGAGGCCCUGUGUGUUCCUGGCUGGUCAGUAAGGGAGAGGAGGUGGUCACCCAGCCCUAUCCACCUCCUGUCUCUUUGGUCAGCCCUCCUUGAAAGUGACCCAGCCAGUGCCAGCCCUAAGAGACAAGGGAAUCCACCCCUAGAAGGCAGCAUCGGAGCUGGUGCUCUCAGGCAAAGGGUCCCAUUAACCUGCCUUGUAACCAAGUAUCUCCAGAAACAACAUCCGGGUGCCUUUGAUGAGUCAUUUGGUGACUUAAUGGGGGAAUGACUGGCCCAGCUGGACUGCCGGAGACAGGACCUUCGGCCAUCUUGGGUUGCUGACCGCCUUCCCUGCCUCUGUGCCUGGCCAGUCCUGGACACCCCAUGUGUUCCCAGGCCAGUGUGGACAAUCUGGCCAGCUCCUGGACAGAGUCCCUGGACUCCAGCACCCACCUGAAAGUGGGGUCUGGAUCACCCUGCCCACCUGAGGACUGGCACUGUGGUGCCCUUCAACAAGCACAGUUGCCAAAGGAAAUUUUAUAAAAGGCAAUAAAAUGUAUAUCCAUAAACAUGUUAUA